UUAGUGCCUCCGUGACUUCCGUGUAAUAUUUUGUUUAGAAUAAAAAAAUUGCCAUAUUAAAGAAGGAUGGAAGCAAAUUGGACAUUAUUCCCGCAUAUCGGACUGCGGUCCCCAAACUUAACAAACACCACCGUAAGUCUUCAGGAGAAUUUUGAAAUCGACCUAGAAGAUACCAACUGGAUUUUGACAUCCUCCUUUAUUAUAUUCACAAUGCAGACUGGUUUUGGUAUGUUAGAAUCAGGAUGUGUAUCUAUCAAAAACGAAGCUAACAUCAUGAUGAAGAAUUUAGCAGACAUCUCCCUCGGCGGUUUAACGUAUUGGAUCUUUGGUUACGGGUUAUCGUUCGGUCAGGGGACGUGGUCUAACCCUUUUGUUGGAGUGGGUGACUUCCUGCUUGAUCCUCCAGUCGGCGAUGCUCUUAUGGGUCCAGUGUUUGCGUCAUUUCUCUUCCAGUUGUCUUUCGCAACUACCGCUACGACUAUUGUAAGCGGUGCUAUGGCCGAAAGGUGCAACUUUAAGGCGUAUUGCGUGUUCUCACUGCUAAACACUAUCGUAUACUGUGUGCCUGCGGGCUGGGUGUGGGGUGAGCACGGCUUCCUCAACAAGCUGGGCGCAGUCGACAUCGCCGGCUCCGGACCAGUGCAUCUUAUUGGAGGUUCAUCGGCAUUCGCAUCAGCUCUGAUGUUAGGACCACGGCUGGGUCGGUACGCGCGAGGCACUGCACCUCUACCUAUGGGCAACCCAGUAAACGCUGUGAUGGGCACGUUUGUCCUCUGGUGGGGCUGGCUGGCUUUUAACUCUGGAAGCACUUACGGGGUAAGCGGAGCGAAGUGGCAGUACGCAGCUAGAGCAGCGGUUAUGACCAUGAUGGGGUCUUUUGGAGGCGGAUGCUUCGGAAUAUUUUACACGAUGAUCAAGAACAAAGGGAGAGCGGAAGUUAUGGAAAUGAUAAAUAGCGUACUGGGCGCGCUGGUUUCUGUCACUGCGGGAUGUUUCUUAUACCGCGCGUGGGAGUCCCUCGUGAUCGGUAUGAUAGGCGCGGCCAUUGCCAACGGGAGCGCCAUAUUGUUUGACAAGAUGCGUAUUGACGACCCUGUUAGUGCCUCCGCGGUGCACGGCGCAUGUGGACUUUGGGGCGUGUUGGCUGUCGGACUCUUUGCUGAUAAUCCUAUUCCUAUGGAAACGACCAAUGGUCGGUCAGGUUUAUUUAAAGGUGGCGGUUGGUACCUGCUGGGCGUGCAGGCGCUGACUGGGGUGUGCCUGGCGGCGUGGGGGGCGCUUGUCACAAUGGCAUUGCUGUGGCUCAUCGAUCGAGCUCUGCCCAUCCGUAUGGACCCCUACAAUGAACUGCUCGGCGCUGACCUGACCGAACAUAGGAUACGGCACGGACAGGUGGGAGUUUCCCGAGCUGUUUCAGCACUACGUCCUUUCCAUAGAUCCAACAGUAUAGAGGAAGUUGGUGGGAUUGGUGUCAAUACUGGUCAUAGCCUGAUUGUUGAUAAAUUACAAGAGGCAAAAAGGAAGAAUAAAACCAGUCCAACGCCUAAAUUACAAAAUUACACGAACAAUGCAUUUGAGGGCGAUAAUAGCGGACAGACAUUUAAAAGUAAUGGAAUUUUAAACAAACGCCCUGGCAACCCUGAAAACGACCUCCACCGCGCUCUUGACUCUAUGGCACAAGAGAUAAAUGAGGCGAAACCUAAAAAUGAAAACGAAAAGAAAGGUGAAGAGGAAAAAACUAAUGCGGGCGGUAAACGGUUACCGGAAGAUAUAAAAGGUAAAAAGUUCAAAGAUCUUUCAGUGACCGAACUUGAAGAAUUGGGUGAAAUCAACGCGAGUCAAGAUCGAUUCAGAUAUCGAUAUACGGAAGAUGACUAUCGAGACGAUAUAUCCAGAAGUAAUACGGCUAAUGUUAAUUUGAAAUGGAUUAAUUAGUAAAACGUGGCUAAUUUAAGU